CUCCAUUCAAGGGCUGGACGCGCAGGAGCGGUCGUGUUCCGUCUGCAUCGUACUUUAAAAGGCAACGAACGAUGAGCUCCCACUGAAGAUAUCGCGUCAGUUUUAACUGCAUUAUCGCAGUUAACUGUUUCAAAUGAGAGAUAUCUUCGACUUUCAUUCAUACCAUAUUUCGGAGUGGAAUAUGAAUGUCUCGAUGAUCGACUGAUUGAAGAUCCUUCCCAGUGCUCAUUCUGCGCUGUAGCCUACUAGACGGACUUCCUACUCGCUUCGCCACUCAUCGUUGCCGCAUACCGACCAACUAUAUUCAUCAGAUUUCCCUCCUUGAUCGGCCGACCACUUUUUAUAAUUUGGACCAAACAGGGGCUGCUUUGGCUGCUUCGGAACUGCUACAACGUUAUUGUAAAUACUCAAACGUGGCUGUGGGUUUUUUGCUGUAUAUGAUGCCGAAACGUCUGCGAUUCCGGAGAAGGUCAUUCCUUGGGCUUUUAUUCCUCUUCUCACUGUCGACAUCCGCAUUGUAUUUCAUCUAUUCAGCCCCCGGUAUCGUCAACGAGUAUGUUUUCAUGGUCCAGGCACGGGGAAUACAGAUCAGGGAAAACGUAAAGAACAUCGGAGCCCAGGUUCUGGAGCAGGUCGUGAGAGGAGCGCACAGCAACAACGGCACUGACUAUGCCUAUGACUUCAACUCGAGCGAGAGUGAGGCCCCGCCCACCACAUAUCUGCCAGAAGACUUCAACUACCUGCCGUCCCAGGUGUGCCCGGAGAGGCUGCCCACCAUGAAGGGCAGGUUGGAGGUGAACAUGACUGAGAUACUUCUGGAUGAGGUGGAACACUCCUUGUUGAGAGCAGAUCCUAGUCUAGCCCCAGGCGGCUACUGGACGCCCACAGACUGUCAACCUCGCUGGAAGGUGGCCAUCCUCAUCCCCUUCCGGAACCGACACGAACACUUGCCCAUCCUCCUCAGGCACCUGGUGCCGGUGCUGCAGAGACAGAGGCUUCAGUUCGCCUUCUAUGUCAUAGAGCAGACGGGAACGGAGCCGUUCAACCGAGCCAUGUUGUUCAACGUGGGCUUCAAAGAGGCCAUGAAGGACCUGGACUGGAACUGUCUGGUGUUCCACGACGUGGACCACCUCAUGGAGAACGACAGGAACUACUAUGGCUGCAACGACAUGCCACGCCACUUUGCCGUCAAACUCAACAAAUACUCCUACAUGCUUCCCUAUAAUGAGUUCUUCGGGGGCGUCAGCGGCCUCACUGUGGAGCAGUACAAGAAGAUCAAUGGAUUUCCCAAUGCAUUCUGGGGCUGGGGAGGAGAGGAUGAUGACCUCUGGAACAGGGUGCAGCUUGCCAACUACACAGUGAGUCGCCCAUCAGGAGAGCUUGGCCGCUACAUGUCCAUUCCUCAUCACCAUCAUGGGGAAGCUCAGUUUCUGGGCAGGUACACUCUGUUACGCCACUCCAAGGAACGCCAGGGGCUGGACGGCCUCAGCAACCUCAACUACUCCCCCCAAGUGUCCAGGAGGCACCUCUACACCAACAUAUCAGUCAGCCUCACCAGGAACCUGGCCCCCAUCGCCGACUACUGAGCCACCAGCCGCCAGAUCACAGAACCCAUGCGAUAGCCACCGUCCGCUGGGAUUUCAAACCUAUGUUCCCAGACGCAGCCCUGCUUAAGAACCUUCUUUUUUUUUUUUCUUAAUUCAAUAUUUUUCUGUUCGUUUUUUGGUUUUCGGCCUUUGUGUGUUUUCGUCCGGGGGGGUUACGCAGUGUCACACGGGGAGAGUAAAGAAGGGUCAAUGCGGCACUUUGUGCCACAUUCCAUCACUCCUCUCAUCCGUGGACCUGGUCUCCACCAUGCCUUUCGCACCAUUUUGGCCUUCAACCUUCCCCCUCAUACCCUGAUUGGUUAAAUUAGCGCUUAAUCCGGGAAUCAGGAGCUGGCUGCUUCACUAGUCUGGUCCGCACACUAAGACUCAACUGUGUGGAUGUGGUUUCUGAGGCUUUCAAAUUUAGUUUAUCUUAGCAUGUAUAUAUAUAUAUAUAUAUAUAUAUAUAUAUAUAUAUAUAUAUGUAUAUAUAUAUGUAUAAUCAUGUGGCAUUUACACCCGUAAGUCAUUCACAUGCAAACCAACAGUGGAUUCUUGCAGCUGGUUCUGCAAAAUGUAUGCCAAAACUUUUAAGUGAAGUGGGACAUAUAUAAAGACAGAGAUAUAUAAAAGUGAUUUAAUGAAAGUGAGAGUUUUUACAGUUCCUAAAAGUUCCUUAGUUAGGAAGUUCACUGUAUAAUAAUAGUGUACAGACACAUAACCAUUUUCAGAAAAGGCCUCAGUGUUUGUCAAAAAAUGGCGCAUCUGUUGUUUUUUUUGGCUGCUUGGGGAAUGGCUUUAAUAUGUGUGGGUGCAAAAGAUUCAUUGAUUAGCAAUAAGCUGCCAGAGCUCACAGCAGAACUUAGAAACUGACUCAAUAUAAAGAUGCUUUAGCGCGGCUGCUGACACACGGAGAACGCGAGUAGUGCGGAGAGCCUGCUCUGUAUGCAAACCUCCCCGACGGACACACCUCCGCCUAAACAAACAAUCCACCCGGUCAACACCGGGUGGCCCGGUGGGGCCCUGGGCCUCUGUGUGUUUAAGUUAUUGAAAGUUAUGCAAAUAGCCACGUAGAGAGAUCCUGUUCGCCGGAUCUGUAGAUGGACGUCGGCCGCGAAGGUCAGCCUUUGAAGGACGAAAAUAAGUUGUUUUUUUAAUGCCGUUGUUAACGCCACACGCACACACACACUUGCACACACACACACACACACACACACACACACACACACACACACACACACACAAACACAGAGAGUUGAAGAGAAUCAGACGUAGAAGCGUGCACGCUGGCUUCCACUCUCAUUUAUGUUUACAGUGUGAUUUCAUUUUCUUGUCCUGAUUGGUGGAACACCCCCCCCCCGCCCUCCCCACCCUGGUAUCGUAUGCUGUAUGAGUGUCUCACGUUUUGAUCAGAGGCUGCCUUUAUGUUUAUAUGACACUGUAUGUACACGUCCCCAUUAAGGUCCAAAAGCAAGGCACUGUUGAUGUCGUUGGAGACGAGUCUGCCGUAAUCGAUGACUAGUGAAGACUGUAGGAGGUCAUUCAGAGGUAAAGGCAGUGUGCUUUGGCCCUACAACAAGUAUGACAAUUUAGAGAGCACCACAAAGAGACAAAAGCACCCCGUUGUUCUCCCCAGUGUGUGUUUGAAUAUGAGUGUGUGCGUACGUUUGUGUGUGUGUUCUGGACAGUGUUGAUGGAUACUUAAGGUUCUUCCCUUCUCUUGACAUUGUCUAUUUUAUAAUUACACAGCUACUUCAUUUCACAUAAAUCGCCUUUUUAGGAAUACUGUGGGUUGUAGAUGUGUUACCCUGGUAAUAUAUAAAAAAAAUGAAUUUGAGGCUGGACCUCAAAGUAUUUAUUUGAUCUUGUACGGAUUGUGUUCUGUGAUUGUUAUGAUUUUUUUUGAGUUGAGUCGGUAGACGAUACAGAUGCACUGAAGCGGAUUGUGUUUAUUUGAUUGGGAUUUGUGAGGUUCCCGUUUGAGUGAUACAUGUGCGGUUCCAUGUUGUUCAAUUCAACAUAUGAAUGAAAUGGGAUUGACAAUGGUCUUGAGAUGAUUGGAGUUGGAAGUUGUGGUUAAAGGGGUCUCAUUUAAAUUGGAAUGGGAUCCCCAAUGCUGAUGUAUUGCGUAUUAUUCUGCUGAACAGUCAAUCGCCGGAGGAAACCAUUUAGUUUGAAAGCCACAGGAAGAAAGUUAUCAGGAAGUGCCGGUUGUCACCUGCCUCCAUUAAGCACCUUCAAUAUUGUAACCACCGGAUGGAAAAUAAACCACUAGCCGACAUAAAGAAUGUGUGUGUGUGUGUGUGUGUGUGUGUGUGUGUGUGUGUGUGUGUGUGUGUGUGUGUGUGUGUGUGUGCGUGUGUGUGUGUGUGCGUGUGUGUGCGUGCGUGCGUGCGUGCGUGCGUGCGUGCGUGCUUGUGUGUUUGUGUGUGUGGUGGUUCUGGAUGUAUGGUUGCCUGCAGUGGGUGCUCAGUCCUGCCUGGAGCACAUCAGUCUCAAUUUUUUGCCUCCCAGAGAAGCAUGCUGAGGGUGCUUAGUGAGAGACAUGAACCACGGCAGCCGGGUGGUUUUCCUAUCCACGUGUGUUUGAGUGAGAUGGUGGAUCCCGUUGACCUACAGUCCUAACCAGACAAAUUCCAGCUUUUUUUUUUUUCUGUUUCCGCACUGAUUUUCAUUUUUCAUUUUUGAUGUUAGAUCGCUGACCUGUCAGAAAAAGAAACCCUAAAAACACACAGGUCCUGAUUUAGAAAUAACUUUUUUUUUUUGAAGUGGACGUAUAUUAUGCAUCAUUUCAUAUUUUUUACCAUUCAAUGAAUAUGUGAGGAUAAUUGAAUAUGAGAGACGGACUAUCGUAUGUGUGAUGACACCCCCCUGACUGGCCUAUUUAUAUUUUACAGUGUAUGGACUAUAAUUGUUUCCGGUGUUCAAACACUGCAAGUGAAACACAGAGCCUGUGUCAACUGCAUCUACAGACAGGGAAAAGCAGUCAACCAUUGCCAUUGCUGUGAUCCAACCUGUCAAAUGGCCUUUAGUUUGUGUUUUUGUUGUUUUGUUUUUUGGAGUCAUGAAAAAGAGUUUAAAAGGUGCACGGUUGUGUGAAGCGCCACAUUCCAGGCUCAGGCAAUGCCUGCUCUUACAGAGACGUGCUCAAUAGCCACAUACUCUCACGCCCUGUCCUGCUCCAUCCUGCGCCUGUCUGAAUGACGGUUACCCGCGAGUAACCUGACGAGACGGGCAGCCUUAAUGCUUUGUUAAUUUAUUUCAGUGUUUUUAACUCUAGUUUUUUAUUUUUUUAUAAGCAAAAAAUCUAUUUAAACUGAAAAAAAUGUAAUUCAUAUUGAGACAAUGACCAUUGUAAUUAGUGUUGUGUGUGUAGCGAAUUACAAGUUCUAGAGGAAUUAAAAAUCACCACAGAUGCUAGCUUAACGAACAAGGCUUUGGAGUGGUUUGGCCGGCUGUAUAUCUGGUGCCAUUCAAGUGCUAGUGAAGCUUGCAUCGCUACAUCAACGCUUUUAUAUCAUGGCUUAGCCAGCAUAGCCUUUUUAAUGAGCGUACUACUUCACAAGUCUGAACAUUCUGGAAGCCUUCCUCCUACUCCAACCCUUACUUAAAAAAUGCUGUAACCGUGGAGGGCUUAUGAGUGGGAUGUGAGUUAUCGAUCGACAGAUGAGAUAGCCUAGUUCAUGCUUAUUAAGAUAAGGACAGCUGUCCUUUGAUAAGGACAGCUGUUGGGUCAAAGGUAAGGCACUGUAGGAUGUUAACAAUUCUAUGUCAGCCAAAAUCACCAUAUGCUUACGAAGCUUAGAAUGCAACACUGGCACACUAAUUAGCAACACAACCCACUCCAAAAUCUACACCAACAAAUAGAUUUCAAUUUUUUGGUUUUUCAUUAAAGCUUACAAAAGAAAAAUGUAGAAGCUGAAGUUGAAAUAUAUCUUCUCUGAUUGUAAGGAGCCACCUUCUCCUUGAAUUGAAGCCAUUCGAAGCCACUUGUUAAAAAAAAACUUGAUGUCAGCCUUAUGUGUAUCUGUGUAUUGACAUAUUAUCUUUUGAUUAUUGAAAUUUGUAUGAUGGAGAUUUUCUUUUAUAACAUCAUUGUUAUUGUCAAAGUACACCAAUAAAACAAAACUUGAAAUUAUA